UCGCAGUGGAGCGGACGGAUGCUCGGCGAGCGGCAGCAUUCAGCCUCGUCGUGUCGUCCAUCAGACUGCGUGUGUUUGUGCGUCGGUAAGAAAGACUAAAGGGAUGCAGCAGCCGCGUCUCGGGGGCGCGUUGUGACGGGGUGCUCGCGGCCAGGGGAUGGCGAUGGCCAGUAGACGCAGUUUGUCGCCGCCGGCGCGCCGCAGCCUCGCGCCCUUUCUCAAGCGCAGCCCCUCGAUGGACCCGCAGCACAAGCCCCUGCUGCCCUACUGCACCAGCCCGAGCCAGCUCGAGAGCAUCGUCUUCGACGCAGAGGAAACUUCAGACAGCCCGCUGUCGGAGCUGCUGCAGAGUCGCCAGGCGGGGCCCAGCGGCGGCAUGAGCGGCCGCACCGUCAAGCAGUACGAGGAGGAGAUGCGCGUGCUCAAGAAGGACAACUUCAACCUCAAGCUGCGCAUCUACUUCCUCGAGGAGCGCAUGCAGAAGCUCGGCAGGCCGCUCGGCGACGCCGACGGCGCCGAGAAGAAGCUCAUCGAGCUCAAGGUGCAAAUGGAAACGCUGCGUCGCGAGAUGCAGGCGAAGCAGGCGUUGCUGGCGCAGGCGGGCAAGGCCAUCGAGAUGAUGGAGGAGCAGCACAAGGCCGAGCUGCACAAGCUGCGCCGAGAGCUGGCCGCCGCCGCCGCCGCGCCCAAGCCCGCCGAGAACUCGAUGGCGCUCUACGCCGACGCCUUCGACCUGCCGGCCUCCUUCCUCAUGCCGCCCCCGCCGCCUCCGCCCGCGGCCGCCCCCAGGACCAGGCCGCACGAAGCCGAACUCGCCGAGCUGCAGCAGCGCCUGCAAGACCUCGCGCAACAACUCGACGCUAGCCAGGAGCGCGAGCGCCGCCUCAACGACGCCCUCGACUCCAGGACGCCCGAGAUUCAGAUCAAGAUCGAGGAGCUGUGUCAGAAGGACAAACUCCUGGAGGACCAGCGGAAGAUCAUCGUCGAGAUCCAGAUAAAGCUGGACGAAAAGCAGAAGGAGCUGGAGGAGCUGCGGCAGUCGCUGGACACGCAGCACUCGGCCGUGGACAGGCUGGAGGCGGACAAACAGCAGCUGCAGCAGCGGCUCCUCGAGGCCGACGAGAAGCUGGAAAAGUCGGUCAAGGUGGUGCAGACGCUGGUGUCGCGCAACCAAGAGCUGGCGGCGCGCGCGGCGGGCGCCGACCAAAUCGGCGCCAUGCAGCACGACGAGACGGAGCACCUGUGGCGCGAACUGGACGAACGCCGGCGCCAGGUGGAGCAGCUGAGCCGCGAGAAGGCGGCCCUGGAGGCGAGGAGGGAGCGGCUGCCCCCGGAGGUGGGCCUCAUGCUGGCCCGCCUCGACGAGCUGGCCGCCUUCCUGGCCGCCCUGCUGCGCCGGCCGCACCUGAUCGCCAGCUUUUCGGCCGCCAACCGCUCCUCCCUCCUCCAGCUGCUCGACCAGAGCCGCUCCCUCGACGCCUCCGCCUUGUCCGCCUCCGCCGCCCCCGACGACUCGCUCCUCGACCAUAUCCACAAGUUCCUCGACGCGCCGGAACACUCGGAAUUCAUUCACGAGAUGGAGAGCCAGUUGGAGCGGACGACGACGGAUUUGUGCGCGGUGAGCGUGAGCGAGGAGCUGGACUCUGGCAAGGAAAUGGAGCUGGCGCGGUGGAGCCUGGAGAAGGGCCGAACGUCGAACAAACCGCCGCGGCCGCCGCGCAAGCACGAGCUGGAGCAGGAGGAGGAGGAGCAGCCCAAUCUGUCAGAGUCAGAGGCCUGGUCCGAGCCGGACCGCACCGUCUCGCUCGCGCGCAUCGGCCUGCCCGAGAACAAGACGCCCGUCAACCAGACCGUCUCGUCGCCAAACUCCUCCGAGCUUGAGCACUCGCCCCGCACCCCAGAAAUGGUGGUUGCAGGCAAGAAAGCGUCGUACAAGAAGCUGGUGCAGCGGCUGCACGCGACGGAGCAGAUCAUCGAGGCGCUGCAGGCCGAGCUGAGCGCGCACAAGGCCCUGGCCAAGACCGAGCAGCCGGUGGGGCAGGAGGCGGCGCUGGAAUCGCAGCGGGCGCGACUGGAAGUGGUGGUGCGGCAGAGCGAGGCGACGCGGCAGCAGCUGGAGGCGGCGGCGAGGGGCGAGGCGGGCGCCGACGCCGAGCGGCAGCUGGCGGAGGCGGAGGGCCGCGUGCGGCAGCUCGAGGCCGAGCUGAGCGAGCGGGACGGCGUGCAGCGCCACCUGCAGCUCGUGCAGCUCGAGACGCAGGAGGCGCUGGCCACCAUGGAGGCGGCCAGGGCGGCCAUGCACGACGAACUGGUGCACACGAGGCUCGCCUGCCAGCAGCUGGAGCGACGCGCGCUCGACGCCACCGGCAAGUGCCAACGGCUGGAGCAAGCCUCCAAGCAGGACAUGCAGCGCUGCCAGCAGCUGGCCAAGCAGGUCGAGGAGGCGGAGGUGCAGUGCCGCGCGCUGACGCAGCAGGUGCAGCAGCUCGAGGCGGCGCGCGCCUCCGACAGCGACGAGCACUCUGCCAGCCGGCACACGCUGUCUUCGCCGGACCUGGGCAUAGAGAGCGACACCGGCCGCAGCGGCGGCGGAGGUGGAGGCGGCGGCGGCGGCGACGAGCGCAGCCGACUCAAUCAGGAGAACUGGCAGCUCAAGCAGAAGCUGGCCGAGAGCCAACGCAUCAUGGAACGCUGCCUCGAGGCGCUCAACAAAAAGAACCGCGACCGGCUGCGCGUGCAGGCCUCCAUGGAGAAGCAGCUGCUGCGCACAGAGGAGGUGCUUCUCAAGGCCUCGCACAACCUCAAACUGCUGCCCAAGUCGCCCUGACCCCGACCGCCGCCACCACGUUUUCAAUUUGUGAUAAUAAGCAAAGAGACAAUAUUUGCCGCCAACAGACUUUGUGUAUAUAGAAUGUAUUUCGACUUUCACCUUGCGUGUGUGUAUCAGUAAAAACUGGUUUUUAACGAAAUAGCAACCUUUUUCUAGUAUUUUGCCACCCAAA